GAGACAGACCCCUGUGCGUGCGCGUGCUCGUGAAUCAGGAAACAUGGCGGCGCUCACGUCACUCGGUCAGUUAUCAAGUGGAAACCCUGCAUAUGAGAGCUUCUACAGACAGGUGGAUCCGGGAAACACUGGGAAAGUGGGCGCCGCAGAAGCUGCUCAGUUCUUGAAGAAAUCAGGGCUUUCGGACAGCACAUUGGGUCAGAUCUGGGAUCUGUCAGACCCUGAGAGAAAAGGUUACUUGGAUAAAAAGGGUUUCUUCUCUGCUCUGAGGCUGGUGGCUUCUGCUCAAGGAGGAAGUGAUGUCAGUCUAAACAGUCUAAGCCAGAACAUCUCUGCACCCAUCCCUAAAUUUAGAGACGCCGGCAGCCCGUCCCUGAACAUCACAACCUUUGUUGCUGAUUCCAGCUGGACAAUAAAGCCGGAGGAUAAAGCAAAGUAUGAUGGGAUAUUUGAGAGUCUGUCUCCGAUUGGUGGGCUGCUGUCAGGUGAUAAAGUGAAACCAGUCCUAAUGAACUCAAACCUGCCUCUUGAUGUGCUUGGAAAGAUUUGGGAUCUCAGUGACAUUGACAAAGAUGGACACUUGGAUAAAGAUGAGUUUUCAGUGGUGAUGCACCUGGUUUAUGCAGCCCGAGAGAAGGAGCCUGUGCCAUCCACCCUCCCCACCGCUCUCAUCCCUCCAUCCAAGCGGAAGAAGAUCGCAGGCGCUCUUCCGGGAUCAGUUCCUGUUCUUCCCUCUAGUCCGUUCUUCCUGAAGGAGAACCUGAGGCCGACGCCAGCGCCUUCCAAGAGUUCUUUGGGUAGCAGCACAAAUCUGUCUCCAUCGAGCUCGUUCAAGCGCUCCACCCCGACACCACCGCAGCCUCAAACACACACACAGCAGCCAUCCUCUGAUCUCUGGGUGGUGCCAGCGGAAGACCGAGAGCAGUACGAGGAGAUCUUUGAUCUGGCAGACUCUGAUUUUGAUGGGAUGGUUGGAGGAGGUGAAGUGAAGGAUAUCUUCAUGAACUCUCGGCUGCCUCAGAGCGUCCUGGCACACAUAUGGUCGCUGGCAGACACUCAGCAUACCGGCAAACUCACCAAGGAGCAGUUCUGUCUGGCAAUGCACCUGAUUCAGGAGAAAGCGAAAGGAGUGGAUCUUCCUCAGAGUCUGACCCCUGACAUGAUACCACCGUCAGAGAGAGGAGCCGCCGGCACACCGAUUCUCUCUGGAUUCACACCAUCAGCCUUGUCUGAAUUGACCCCGUUGACCAGUCUGAGCAGAGACAGCAGCAGUUCUGUUGGGUUGGUUGAGGCGAUGGGAAUCAAGGAUCUCGAUGACAUCAACCAGGAAAUCUCCCAGCUGCAGAGUGAGAAACGCAUAUUGGACACAGAAAUCAGGCAGAAAGAGGAAGCCCUGCGACAGAGGAACAGUGAAGUGCAGGAGGUGCAGAGAGACCUGGAGCAUGAAAACGUGGGCCUUCAGGAGUUGGAGCACCAGAAAUGGGACGCUCAGGAGCGACUCGGUGAGAUGGAGCAGCAGAGAGCCAAACUGGAGAGCACACUGGAUGAGACCAAGAGCAAGUGGCAGGAGGAGAACGCGAAAGUGAGACACACUUGA